UGAGAGAGAGAGCGAGCGAGCGAGCGACGGGACCGGGAGGAAAGAGAAAUAAAGAGGAGCGGAGGGAAGGGAAGUGAGUUUGCGCGCGUGAGUGAGUGUGCGUGUGCGUGUGAGUGUGCAGGGGCGGGCGCGGGCGGGCGGGGGGCGGGCUCCCGGGCUCCCCUCCUCCCCAGCCCGCUCGUCUCGCUCGCUCGCCAACUCCGGGCCCCAGCCGCGGGCGGGCGGACGGCGGGCGGACAGCAUGCUGAGCCUCCUCGUUUGGAUCCUCACUCUCUCCGAUACUUUCUCCCAAGGGACCCAGACCCGCUUCAGCCAGGAGCCAGCCGACCAGACUGUGGUGGCUGGACAGCGGGCCGUGCUCCCCUGCGUGCUGCUCAACUACUCGGGGAUCGUGCAAUGGACCAAGGAUGGGCUGGCGCUGGGCAUGGGCCAGGGCCUCAAAGCCUGGCCACGGUACCGGGUCGUGGGCUCUGCAGACGCCGGGCAGUACAACCUGGAGAUCACAGAUGCCGAGCUCUCUGACGACGCCUCUUACGAGUGCCAGGCCACGGAGGCCGCCCUGCGCUCCCGGCGAGCGAAACUCACCGUGCUCAUCCCCCCGGAGGACACCAGGAUCGAUGGCGGUCCUGUGAUUCUGCUGCAGGCAGGCGCCCCCCACAACCUCACGUGCCGAGCCUUCAACGCCAAGCCUGCUGCCACCAUCAUCUGGUUCCGGGAUGGGACGCAGCAGGAGGGCGCCGUAGCCAGCACGGAACUGCUGAAGGAUGGGAAGAGGGAGACCACCAUCAGCCAGCUGCUCAUCAACCCCACAGACCUGGAUAUUGGGCGUGUCUUCACCUGCCGCAGCGUGAACGAGGCCAUCCCGAGCGGCAAGGAGACGUCCAUCGAGCUCGACGUGCACCACCCUCCUACGGUGACCCUGUCCAUUGAGCCACAGACGGUGCAGGAGGGCGAGCGCGUCGUCUUUACGUGCCAGGCCACAGCCAACCCUGAGAUCCUGGGCUACAGGUGGGCCAAGGGGGGCUUUCUGAUCGAAGACGCCCACGAGAGUCGCUAUGAGACGAAUGUUGAUUAUUCCUUCUUCACGGAGCCUGUGUCCUGUGAGGUUUACAACAAAGUGGGAAGCACCAAUGUCAGCACUUUAGUCAAUGUCCACUUUGCUCCCCGGAUUGUAGUGGACCCCAAACCCACGACCACAGACAUUGGCUCUGAUGUGACCCUCACCUGUGUCUGGGUUGGGAAUCCCCCCCUCACCCUCACCUGGACCAAAAAGGACUCAAACAUGGGGCCCAGGCCUCCUGGCUCCCCACCCGAGGCUGCUCUCUCUGCCCAGGUCCUGAGUAACAGCAACCAGCUGCUGCUGAAGUCGGUGACCCAGGCCGAUGCCGGCACCUACACCUGCCGGGCCAUCGUGCCUCGGAUCGGAGUGGCCGAGCGGGAGGUGCCACUUUAUGUGAAUGGGCCCCCCAUUAUCUCCAGCGAGGCCGUUCAGUACGCCGUCAGGGGUGAUGGUGGCAAGGUGGAGUGUUUCAUCGGGAGCACGCCACCCCCAGACCGCAUUGCAUGGGCAUGGAAGGAGAACUUCCUGGAGGUGGGGACCCUGGAACGCUACACGGUGGAGAGGACCAACUCAGGCAGCGGGGUCCUGUCCACGCUCACCAUCAACAACGUCAUGGAGGCCGACUUUCAGACCCACUACAACUGCACAGCCUGGAACAGCUUCGGCCCAGGCACAGCCAUCAUCCAGCUGGAAGAGCGAGAGGUGUUACCUGUGGGCAUCAUCGCCGGGGCCACCAUCGGCGCAGGCACCCUGCUCACCUUCUUCUUCAUCGCCUUGGUGUUCUUCCUCUACCGGCGCCGCAAAGGCAGUCGCAAAGACGUGACCCUGAGAAAGCUGGACAUCAAGGUGGAGACAGUGAACCGGGAGCCACUCACCAUGCAUUCGGACCGGGAGGACGAUGCUGCCAGCGUCUCCACGGCAACCCGUGUCAUGAAGGCCAUCUACUCCUCCUUCAAGGAUGACGUGGACCUGAAGCAGGACCUGCGCUGUGACACCAUCGACACCCGGGAGGAGUAUGAGAUGAAGGAUCCCACCAAUGGCUACUACAAUGUGCGUGCCCACGAAGACCGCCCGUCUUCCAGGGCAGUGCUCUACGCUGACUACCGUGCCCCCGGCCCUGCCCGCUUCGACGGCCGCCCCUCUUCCCGCCUCUCCCACUCCAGCGGCUAUGCCCAGCUCAACACCUACAGCCGGGCCCCGGCCUCUGACUACGGCCCUGAGCCCACACCCCCAGGUCCUGCUGCCCCAGCUGGCACCGACACCACCAGCCAGCUGUCCUACGAGAACUAUGAGAAGUUCAAUUCCCAUCCCUUCCCCGGGGCAGCAGGGUACCCCACCUACCGACUGGGCUACCCCCAGGGCCCUCCGUCCGGCCUGGAGCGGACCCCGUAUGAGGCAUAUGACCCCAUUGGCAAGUACGCCACUGCCACGCGAUUCUCCUACACCUCCCAGCACUCGGACUACGGCCAGAGAUUCCAGCAGCGCAUGCAGACGCACGUGUAGGGCUAGAGCCUGGCCGGGGCAUCUCUGCGGGGCAGAGGAGAAGGCUCUCACAGCUGUUCCCUGAUAUUCAGGGGCAUUGCUCGUUGUUGCUCCCGUCCUGGACCAGCCUUCCUCCUCCCACCGUGGCAGGCGGGGAGCAGGUCUCCCGGAAACACCCCGUCCCAAGGAUGGUGCUCUGUGCAUGCCCCAGCCUCCUGGGCCUGCCCUUCCCUCUUCUUCGGGAGGAUGUGUCUCUUCUGACCUGCACUCUCGCCUGGCCCCAGCCUGGGGACGGGGAAAGUGAAGGUUGCGGAGAGCAGAGGGGGCACUUUUUAGCAUUCCUUUUCUAUCCCACCCCUCUGAUCUCCCGUGAGUAGACAGGGGGUCAUGUGGAGAUGAACAGGCUUUGGCCCAGGGGGCAUGAAGUGUAGGGGUGGGUGGCUGUGGUACAGAUAGGCGGAAGCGGGAUAGCCUGGCCAGUCCGUCUGUCGUCUGCGUUCAUACCUUGGAUGCAUCUCUCCCACCUUGGGACUGCAGAAAGGACCUUGGAUUUAUUUUAGUCCUGGCGCCGAGUUCAGAUCCAGCCCUCCUUCAGCUGGCAGUAAAGUGCCAGUCGUCCUGGCCGCCCAUGGGGACACCUGUCUGUCUGCCUGCAGAGGGAUCCAGGUAUGUCCUGUAGUGCUGCCCCCUUUUGCUUCUCUUCUGUGCUGGGCCGGCCAGAUAAGCCAGGGGGUCGUGAUGGAGAAGGAAAGGUCAGGAACCAUGUCCUGAGU